UAACAGGACAGUUGGUAGGGUUCCCAUGUAUUCUUCUGAGACAGGUAUUGUCCUAAUCAACUGGGUCACGUAUACUGAUCAUGAGCAAGUCUGAUGUGUCGACACGGUCUUACGUUGUCAUGCCUGACUGAGCAAUGUGAUGACGUCAAUUGCCGCGGCCGAAGUCUCCAGAACUGGUGCGACGGCCUGACAAGAAAUUACAACAAAUACAGGACUUGAACUGAUGCUGUGAAUUGGACUUAAACAGGAGGUGUAGUGGCGGACGACCAUACUUUUGCUGUGGAAAUAUUGUUUGAAAAUAGAACAUUCAGUCUGGCUUUCUGAUAACUGACCAAACUAUUACAGAUAUUGCCACAUCAGACUAUGGCCAACACGAACACCACGCCUGUUCGUCGUCGAAGUAGUGACGGACUUUUGGACACAGCGGACACCUUAGUAGACAGGUUGGAUGAACUUGCAGAUAUACUGAAAUCGGUAGAAGACGAGUACGUGAAGGUACGUACUCCACAGAUGGAGGAUGAGGACUUCGAUAAACGACAAAUCAACCAGACGCCGCCAGAUCCUUGCGCAAGACCAAACAGUUUCAAGCGACUUAAAGAAGGACUGGAAUCCGCACGAGCUCUCAUCGCGUGCCUUAAGCGGGAAAAAUGGCGAUUGAGCAGACGCAAACAGAGCGUAGACAUGAGGAUGGGGGAACUGGAAGACUACAAGACUCAUUUAAGACAAGAUAUGUCCUCCUUAAACGAAACUGUUGACAUAUUGAGCAUGCGCGUGGUUGAUUUGGAGAACCAACUUUGUGAAGGUCAAGAACGACAGGAAAGUCUGGAGUGCGAGAACGACGAGCUGUCUGCAAGAUUAAAUGUUACAGAAUUUAACUGCAAAGAGUUUGAAUCCCACAAGACGGACCUCCAGGAAGAACUUCAGAAUGUACGAAUGCUGAGGAGCGACUCGUGUCUACGCCAGGAGAACGAGGAGAUGCGAUCCGAGAUGGACAUUCUUCAGGAAGAAAACCACCGACUCAAGGAGAUGAUCCGACAACUCGAAGAAGAGACUAAGCCCCAGAGCCAAGAUGGUGGCGCUUUUAUGGGACAGAACGAGAAAAAACCCGAACAGAAGGCACCAGAUACAAACGAUUUGCAACAGUUAAAUGUCGAUUAUGAACAGUUGAAUAUCGACACUAUCGCCUUAGUUUAACUUAGCGCGUUCAGAUAUAUCACAAAUGAUGUGUUACUGUCAAUGGGAUUUCCAAAUAUUUCAAGACUACUGGGAUAGCCCCAGAAAUUAACCCCUUUAUCAAAAGACAGUUUGACCGAUGUUUGUCUGGGGGUACUGUUUCGUUUCAAGUAUGUUUUAACAAUUAUCUUAACAUGUUUGACCAAAGUAUAAGUUGUACUGUGUAUACCUUGGGUAAGCCUCAGUUGAAUACAACUGAACAGUAUUCUUCCUAACAUGAAGUACAUCUUUUUCGAACGUAUAAUCACUUUUUCGUGCAUUACAAAUAGGAGCGAGCACCUAAAUGUGUAGAUCGAGUAUUGUAAUCGUACACAUUUCAAUGUCAUUUCCAAUGAAGUGUCAUUGCUCGGGAGGUAACUUCUUAAACAUUGUUGGUACCUAGAUGAAUCUCAAUGCAAGUAUUAAGGCACCUUUGAAAUUCAAGGCUCCCGUUCUCGGUACACAAAUCUGCGCCGUUGGAAUAUGUCUUGACAGAAUGGAAGGUUCGCGUUAAGCAUUACGAUUUUCAUUUCAUUCUUUUUGUUCAUUCUUUUUUUAAGGGCGUGUAUGUCUAUUGAUUUGUCUGUACAAUCUGCUGCAAAGGUGUUUCGUACAUUGAGAGCCUUUGAUUUCGUCCAUUACAUAUCAAGGGUGCAGAGAAGUUGUGUGUCGAGAUCGAGAACGGAACAGCGGAACAAUUGGAUUUCGAAGUUGAUACUAAGGAUAUCAGUGAAGUGUGUAUCAUUAAGGGUAAUGUUAGUUCACAUAGUAGCAUCAUUUGUUUUCCUAUAAUUUAAUAAUUGUAAUCCUUUUUUCAAAUUGAUUCACCACUGAAAAAUAUGGUAUUUCAAUACCGUUGCCUGGGGCAACUGAUUAUAGGGACAUGUUGAACUGGAAUCCAAGGGGAAAUUCCCUGGUGGGAGGGGUGGGGGAGGGUCUGGGCAGCUUUGCCACAAAUUAAGAAGUUGUAGAAUUUUAGUCAUAACAGGGCCAGACCAAUCCUCGAUAUCCCCUUAAGUUACGCUCACUUUCGCUCUCUUCACCUCUGGAAUAUGUCAUGGCAAUAUCGAAGGCUCAGUGUGCACCACCUUGUGGGUGAGACGGGAAGACUAGUAUAAAGAUCAUGUCCGUCGCGUAAUGGUAAAAUUGACUGCCUUUGAAUUCGGGUGUCGCUCCUCUGUGAAAGGACAGGUAUCAGCCUAGCGAUUGU